AUGAGAUCUCAAGAGCUGAUGAGGGUCCUCAAGACCAAGGCUAUCAUGGAGUCCUCAAGCAUCUGGAGAGGGUAUUACGAGCCACCAACACCUCCACCAGCCACGAAUCAACUUUUCCAACCAAUGCCAAAACAGAAUUUUGUCGCCCCGCAACCGCGAGAUGCCCAGAAUUAUGAGGAACAGGACGCUGGCGACGCUGACGGAGAAGGUGCGGCGGAGAACGGUGAGGAUCCACCAGGCGACGCUGAGACAGAGUGGAUUGACUCGGAUUCGAAGGAUGAUACGGGAGCAGAGCCAACUUUGGACUUUCUUAUAGACCGUAACUACGACUGCUCGGAUCCAACGGAUCGUGUGAUGCACCAACAGGAAGGCCCAUUUAAAGCCAUCGGAGGUCUCAGUGAAGAUGGACGAAUAGUUAAGGAUUGGAUGCUGGAUAGCUAUGGACCACCACAUCGUAAGGGAUAUGUACCGACAGAGAAAGAAAAAGAGCAGUAG